UUCAGCGUUACCUUCUUGAUGUAGCUGCUCCAAGAUCUACAGCAGAAUACAGUGCAAACACCUAUAUUUGCCAAUAGGACCAGAAAACGCGGAUGUCUUAGUUAAUUACACUAAGAAUAUUCACUCGGUGGUGUUUUAAAAGAUGGAAAGUUCCUGAGACAGCUGCGAUCUCUUUCAACUGAAGAAAAUGGUCGCAGUGAAUGUCACGUUGCAUUUAAUGCUUUACCUCCUCUCUCUGUGGACUCGGGUGUCAACCGAAUGGUUUCCCAAAAGCCUCCCGUGCGACGUGAUGCAGCGCGACACAGAGGUGGUGGUGGACUGCAGCGAGCGCCAGCUGACCAGCGUUCCCACCGGCUUCCCCUCCAACUCCACCAACAUCACGCUCACCAUCAAUCACAUCUCACAGGUGACCUCCUUCUCCUUCUCCGGCCUGAAUAACCUGACGGAGAUUGACCUCAGGUGUAACUGCGUGCCCGUCAGACUUGGCCCCAAAGAUCGGGUGUGCACCAAGCCCCCGAGAGUGGCGAGAGGAGCCCUCUCCUCUCUGCCAGCAUUGAGGUCCUUGUAUUUGGAUGGGAACCAAUUGGCCCGAAUACCUCAAGGGCUGCCCCGCACUCUCACUCUGCUCAGCUUGGAGGCCAACAGCAUCUUCUCACUGGGCAAGGCCAACUUUACGGAGCUGGGCGACUUGGAGAGCAUCUACCUUGGCCAGAACUGCUACUACCGCAACCCUUGUAACACUAGCUACCAGAUUGAGAGGGAUGCCUUCUACACUCUGAGUCGCCUUGAGGUGCUGUCUCUCAAGGACAAUAACCUGACCCACGUUCCCCAGAGACUGCCUCGGAGUUUAAGGCAGCUUUUUCUGUACAACAACAGGAUUCGGCGCGUCGAAGAUAUCGAUUUCGCCGAGUUGGUCGAAUUGGAAAUUCUAGACUUGAGCGGGAAUUGCCCCCGCUGCUACAAUGCACCAUUCCCUUGCCAGCCCUGUCAUGACCCCAGUUAUUUAUUGAUCUCUCCUAACGCUUUCCAGGCACUGCGAAAGUUGAAGAUCCUGCGGCUUCAGAGUAACUGUCUGACGGCCGUGCUAAGCUCUUGGUUCAGAUAUACCACCAACCUGAAAAUGCUGGACCUCUCUCAGAAUUUCCUGGUGAAGGAAAUAGCCACGGCUUCAUUCUUAAAAUACCUCGGCAGCUUAGAGGGGUUAGACAUGUCCUUCAACUUCGAACUGAAGGUGUACCACGAGUAUCUGAAUCUGUCCUCCACUUUCUCACAUCUGCGGUCCCUCCAGAGCCUGAAGCUCCGGGGCUACGUGUUUAAGGAUCUGACGAUGGACAACAUGAGGCCCCUGCUGCAGCUCACUCAGCUCAAGCUCCUGGACUUGGGCAUCAACUUCAUCAAGUUGGCCGAUCUCCAGAUCUUCAGCCGGCUGCCCGCCCUGCAAAUCAUGGACCUCUCGGAGAACAAGAUCUCGCCCUCCUCCACCCAGGGCGAGACGGGCUCAUGCCGGCCGAGUGGCCACUCGCAGCCGGGCGCCGACUCGUUUUACGGAUUCCCCAACCAGGAGAGUUAUUUCCGCUACGACAAGUUCGGCCGGAGCUGCAAGUCGAAGGACAAAGAGUAUUACCACCUCUCGCCGGUGAGCUACAACGAGUGCAACCGCCACCGCUCCACCUUGGACCUCAGCAGGAACAACAUCUUCUACAUCAGCCCGGCGCAGUUCGACAACCUCUCGUUCAUCAAGUGUCUCAACCUGUCGGGCAAUGCCCUCAGCCAGACCCUGAAUGGUUCCGAGUUCCUUUCCCUCCCUCACCUGCGCUACCUGGACCUCUCCAACAACCGCAUCGACCUCCUCUACGAGUCCGCCUUUCAGGAGCUGCAGGAACUUCAAGUGCUAGACCUCAGCAACAACAACCACUAUUUCCAGAUGGAAGGGUUGACUCACAGAUUAAACUUCAUCCACACCCUCACCAAUCUCUCCAAGCUGAUCAUGAGCGAGAAUGACAUCUACACCUCAGCCGACUCGCAACUGAGGAGCAAUUCGCUGAGCGUGCUGGAGUUCCGGGACAACCAGUUGAAUUACAUGUGGAGCGACGGCAAUUACAUGUACAUUGAGUUCUUUGAGAACCUCUCCAACCUGAGCCGCCUCGACCUCUCGGGCAAUAGACUCGCGUUCAUGCCGCACGACGUGUUUGACCACCUGCCCCCGCUACUCAAGGAGCUUGUGCUGAGCGGUAACCAGCUGCGGAGCUUCAACUGGGGCAGGCUUUACCUGCUAGUCCGGUUGGAGCUGCUGGACCUCGGUAGCAACCUGUUGACCACGGUGCCUCGCAUGCUGUCCAACUGCACCCAGACCCUGCGCGUCUUCAACCUCACCCGCAACCAGAUCUCCAGGCUGACCAAGGACUUCCUGCUGGACAUGACCUCCCUGCAGUACCUGGAUCUCAGCUACAACAACCUGAAGACCGUCCGGGCCUCCAGUUUCCCGGACAGCGCCAUCAAACACCUUCGGGAGCUGCGGCUAAGCGGCAACCACUUUCUCUGCACCUGCGACGCCAGGUGGUUUGUGUGGUGGAUCAACCAGACCACGGUCUACAUCCCUCGCCUAGUCACCGAUGUUACCUGCGCCUCCCCCAAAGCCCACAGAGGCCACGGUGUCGUCUUAGUGGACCUGCACUCCUGCGAGUUGGACUACCUGGGCAUUGGCCUCUACACUUUCUCCGCCUUCAUCACCCUCUUGCUCCUGGUGACCUCUAUCGCCGGUCGCCUGUUCGGCUGGGACGUUUGGUACAUCUACCACUUCUGCAAGGCCAAGUUCAAAGGCUACCACUCCAUACCCAAUGUCAAGGCGGAGUACGGGGCGUUUGUUGCUUAUGACACCCGGGACAAGGCAGUGUCCGAAUGGAUUCUCAAGGAGUUGAUCGACAAUUUGGAAGAACGAGGGGAGCGACGAUUCUCCCUGUGUUUGGAAGAAAGAGACUGGGUCCCGGGGAAACUUGUGAUGGACAACCUGUCCCAGAGCAUUCACCAAAGCAGGAAAACCAUUUUUGUCCUCACCGACUGUUACGUGAGCACGGGGAACUUUAGAAUUGCCUUCCACAUGGCUCACCAGCGGUUGCUGGAUGAGAAGGUUGACGUGAUCAUCUUUGUUUUGCUAGAAAGGGUCUUGCAACACUCCAAGUACGUAAGGCUGAGAAAGAGACUGUGCAAGAACUCGGUCUUGGCGUGGCCUUCUAACCGGCGCGCCCAGCCCCUGUUCUGGCAGCGCCUGAGAAAUGCAUUAACCACAGACAACUACCCGCAAUACACCAAUCUCUUCAGUGACAUUAUAUAACGUAGACCAGAAACUGCCUAGUUUACAUUAGGGAGAAGCUAUUAUCUAACAAACUCGAUGUACCAUCUAACAUCGGUCAUUGUUUUCCUUCAUUUACUGCAAACACACAGGGAGAUGGCAAGGCCAUUCCUCCUGCUUUAUGUGCAAUUUCGGGUCUCCUUAACGAAGAAAGGGAACACUUGCUUUGGAGGGUAGUGCAAUAAGGGUCCAGCAGUCUGAUUACAGUGAUGCCAGGACUGCCCAUUGAGGAGAGAUUGGGUUAACUAGGUCAGUAUUCACCUGAGUCCAGAAAUGAGAGUCUACUUUGUUGAAAUCUAUCAAAUUCUGACAGCCUUGACAGGGAAGAUUUUUCUCUUCUCCUGCAGUCUGGAUUAAAGAGUCGUCAUAUCUGGAUAAUUAGAUAAGACAUUCUGGACUGAGAUGAGAAGUUUCCACACUCAGAGGACUGUGAACCUGUGGAGUUAUCUACCACAGAGAUAGUGAAGACCAAGUCUGUUAAAUAUGUUCAGCUGUAGAUUUCAAGAGUCAAGAGAGUGUUAUUGUCAUAUGUCGCAGACAGAACAAUGAAAUUCUUACUUGCAGCAGAACAACAGAAUAUGUAAACAUAGUACACUGUAAACAAUAUAAUA